AUGGCAUAUACUUUGAGGGCAAUGGGUUAUUCUCAUAAGCCUCAAUUCAGUUUCAGUACAAAAUUUCAACCCAAUUUGCAACAUCCACAGCACAUGGAACCAAAACUCCACACAUUUCUCAAAUUGCGCAACUUUUUAUACACCUCACAAAAGCUCUCUUUGUCAAUAAAAGCCACUCAUGCAAACUGUUUAUUCUAUUUCACCAGCAGGAUCGCUGCCUGUUCGACUAAAUGCCAAGCUGAACCUGAAACACCACAAUUCCAACCAAAUUUCACCCCAAGUGACUCAGUAGAAGUUUUAAAGAAAUGGGGUCGUAGUGAUGAUGACGUUUCAAAGAUUUUCACGAGGAGGCCUUCACUUCGGAAGGCUGAUGCUGUUCAGCUUCAAUCCAAGCUCAACAUACUAAGUCGGUUAGGGUUGAACUCUUCUGACCUUCUCAAGAUUAUUAAUAUUCGCCCGCGAUUCCUCAGCUCUUGUCUUAACCACUGCUUCGAUGAGCGACUUGAUUAUUUCACUAAGUUUUUUGGUUCAAAAAGUUUGUUUUGUAAAGCCAUUGUUAGGAACCCUUCACUGUUGACUUAUGAUUUUCACUAUUGUAUUAAGCCCAUUAUCGGUUUGUAUGAGCAAAUGGGGUUGAGUACUCAAGACUUGAUCCCUAUGCUCAUUUCGCGACCUACAUUAAUCCCUCGUACUUCAUUGGAUGAUCAAAAGAUCGAUUACAUUAGGAGAACAGGCAUUACGAAAACUGCAAAGAUGUAUAAAUACGUGGUUACUGUCAUUGCCAUUUCAAAAAUUGAAACCAUCCAAGAAAAGAUAUCAAACUUUGAGAAGUUUGGUUUCUUAGAGGAUGAAAUUUUGAGGUUUUUCGGAAAGUGUCCAGUAGUUUUAACCUUGUCAAUUGAUAAGGUUCAAAGGAACAUGACUUUUGUUGUGGGAACAUUGAGGUUCCCUGCAAGUGUUGUGCUUCAGUAUCCGUUUUUGUUGUUGUUCAACCUUGAAACUAUCUUGAAACCAAGAUAUGUUCUAGCUGAGAAAAUUCAAGACAUGGGUUUGUCUCCGGAGAUUAAAGGGCAGGCUACAAUGUUGAGAGCUAUAAGAAUGACAGAAAAAAGGUUCUUAAAAGUGUAUGUUAAUUGUCACCCACAAGAAGUUGCUGACCAGUUGAUGGAGAUGUAUAGAAAUGCAAAAUGUGCCAAGAGAUUGGCAGUAGACUCUAAGAAGAUUGUGCGGAAAGGGGUUCCUUUCUGA